GGACUGUGAGAGAGAUUUUGAGUUGAGAGUGUUUUGAUUCACAGGAAAUGGCAAGAUCGAUUCUUCUUCAACUGGUUCGAUCUCAAACACGCCGCCAUCUGAGUUCCCCUAAAAUUCACACAGAUUUCUACCCGCACAGAUUCCGGGCAUGGCAGGCUCAGAAGACUCUCGCACCCUACUUCAACCCUGCAAAACAUCUUUCGGUUGUGCAGAGGAGAUGGGCAUCUCAGUCCUCUGCCACAGAAGAUAGCAGCAAGAUCACCAUUGGACCUUCUAAAGGUGUCGAUUCAGGGAAAGAUGAUAAAGAUUCAGGAGUGGUUUAUUAUGGGCCGAUUUCAAACACCAUCAAGAAAGUUAAGCUUCUUUCUCUAUCCACCUGCUGCCUAUCUGUAUCUUUAGGACCCGUCAUAACCUUCAUGACCUCACCCGACAUGAAUGUGAUAAUAAAAGGUGCAGUCGCAUCCUCUGUUAUAUUCUUGAGUGCCUCCACAACUGCAGCCCUUCAUUGGUUCGUGAGCCCUUAUAUUCACCGGCUCAGAUGGCGGCCUGGUUCAGACACCUUCGAGGUAGACAUGAUGACAUGGCUAGCGAGUUUUGUUCCUAAGACCAUCAAGUUUUCUGAUAUCAGGCUACCUGACACUAACAGACCUUACGUGACGUUCAAGGCCAACGGGAACUUCUACUUUGUUGAUGCCGAUCACUGCCAUAACAAGGCCCUUUUAGCAAGAUUAACACCAACAGCAAAAGCAACCCAAGAUUCGGCUCUCAAGAACUUGUGAUCAGGAUGGUGUGCUUUAACUUGGUUCGAGAUAUCUUAUUUGGGAUCCUUCUAGAAUCAAUUGGACAUGGUUCAAGUUCCGCAAAAUUUUUGAGCAAACUAUCUUUUCUUUUCGCACACUUUGCACAAGCCGGUGGUCAUUAAGUAAACCGUUCUACUCUUAGGGAUAGACGCCAGGUCAGGUCAGGUCCGUGUAUAUCCCAACUCAGAGUGGAACAUACCAGGCUUGUUUGGUUUGUUUCGUAUUUCGAAUUUUGAGCCUCUAGAAAUAAAUUUGGAGACAGAUGAUACCAUAUUGUGUUCGAAUAUUUGUCUUUUAGAAGCAGGGUUGUGUUUCCUUUGUUACAAGGAGCCUUUUGCUAUGUUAACUACCUUUCCAAGUUAUAUUUGAAUCUAUGUAUUUACCUUG